AUGAGUUGCUAUCUGCAAGUGCUGCUGAUCUGUGCUGCUGCGCUGGCAGCCCGCGCCCUGGACAUUGGUCUGCAGCAGGUGCCGGUGGUGCAACAGGUGCCAAUUGUGCAGCAGGUGCCCAUCAUACAACAGCAGCCACAGGCGCUGGGCUUGGCCGCACUGGGCGGCGGCGGCGGCUUUGGAGGCGGCUUUGGCAGCUAUCGCGAGAGCUAUCGCAUCAGGGGGCGUGCCUUUGGUGGAGGCGGCUUUAAAGGCGGCCUGGGACAUGGCCUGGGCGGCGGCGUCGGAGGGUUUGGCGGCGGCGGCUUUCGCGCACGCUACGACAAGAAGGUGGUCGGUGGCUUUGGCGGUGCCGGGGUACUUGGUGGUGCGGGCGGCGCUGCGUUACUUGGUUAA